CUUGUGCGUACCGGUUGGGGCGGGUCUAGUGGCUUAUCUCCGCCUUUGGACUUUUGCAGACAGUAGUUGGACUCCACAAUAAGUGCCCUUAGAAGGAAAGCUUGUCAGAUCUGGCUACGUUUUGAUGCCUAGCGUUGCGUGCCAUCUGUAUGCGCGUGGGGAAUAACAACCACAUUAUAGCCAUGGAUAUGACCUAGAAAUGAAAUGAAACAGGCAUAACCACAUGUACACUUUAAAGUCAGUAUUAAACGUGUAAUAGCAUUAGUAUCGUGGUAUGAUAAACACCCAGAAGAGACGCUGAAACGUGUACCGGAGGAAAGCGGGUUACAGCCCAGCGCAAGUGUCUCGAGACAGCGGAGGCGGACCGGAGGAGCGGAGGAGCGGAGGAGCGGAGACGCAGGACUGCACGGCGCUAUGGAGAUGUUGCGACGCUCCUCAGUAUUUGCUGCCGAAGUAUUUGACCGUUCACCCACGGAUAAAGAGCUCGUAUCCCAAGCCAAAGCGCUGUGCCGGGACUACAUCCACUCCAGACUGAACCGGGCCGGGAUUGGCUGGUCCAAACCCGAGCACGGACUGGUGGCAUCAGGUGGUUCACUUGGGGAGAUCUCCUCGGUGUUGAUAUGGCUGGGUGAUGAGCUGGAGUACCUCCGUCCAAAUGUUUACCGAAAUGUGGCUCGACAGCUCAACAUCACGGUGGCCUCCGAAAAUGUGGUUUCAGAUGCUUUCUUGGCUGUAGCUGCUGAUAUUUUCUCCACCGGAGUGACUUGGGGGAAGGUGGUCUCUUUGUAUGCUGUGGCCGGAGGAUUAGCUGUGGACUGUGUGAAACAUGGACACCCAGCAAUGGUUCACACUAUAGUGGAUUGUAUGGGGGAGUUUGUCCGCAAAAGUCUGGCCUCCUGGUUAAAGAGAAGAGGAGGCUGGGUGGAUGUUACGAAAUGUGUGGUGAAUACAGAUCCCAGUUUCCGCUCUCACUGGCUCGUUGCUGCUGCUUGUACAUGCGGACACUACCUGAAGGCCAUAGUUUUGUACCUACUCCGAGACAAGUGAAAAACACCAUUAUAUUAAGUCAUCUGGAAGGACAGACCAGUGCACUACGCUUACAGCUUUGGGAUAUGUUUACACUUCACUGCACUGACUCUUCAUCCAUGGACCAUGGUUUCUUCACAAACUAUAUCUUAUUAGUUUUAGUCUGGCCUUAAAGUAUGUGGCACAGACACACAGUGAAAAUAUUAUUUGCAUGCUUUAUAUGUUGGUUGGCACAUGUUUUACUGAAUGAUAAAACUACACAACUUCACAUCUGCAGUUAUAGAUUGUGCUGCAUCUGCAUCUUAAUAAAACAGGAAGUAAAAAGUAUUCAGUAACCCCAAUUAAAAUUACUAAAAGUAUUAAACAAGUACUUUUAACAUGGCCUACAAUAACUUCCCAUUAAUUAUAGGCAACUUUACUCACUAAGUGUCUAGAGUUCCCACUGCUGUCAAAAAGUGUGCAGUGCAAUAUUGAUGAACUGUAUUUGCUGUUAAAUUUUUAUAAGUAUGAUAAUCAUCUAUUUGAAUAGUUUCUGAUAGAAUUUAACCUGAAUACACUGAGAUGUACUAGAAAAUUGUAUGCAUUUUUGGACAUUUUACAAAUGUAAACAUUCAUAAUUCAAAAUUCGUUGUUUUGUUAUAAUGACAAUUGAUUUGAUAUUUUGUGUAAAUUUGCAUUAGGUUCAGAGACCCUGGCAGUUCCUUACCUGUCACUGUAGUACAUUUAUCAUGAUUUGUGUGUCUUUUAAAGCUCUGUUGUAAUAGCUGUGAUGCAAAUGGAUGCAUUGUAUUCUGUUUUCGAACACUCUGAUGACAUUUCAUAUACACUUUAUUCUAUGAAUAAUUUCACUUUUUAUGACCUAAAGCACUAGGAGUCCUAGUAAAAUGAGCAAAUGUCUGUCAUUUCGUACACAAAUAAUGUAAGAUUUUAAUAAAUGUUUACUACUAUA